UCACCCUGGGAUGCCGCCUGCCGCCGCCACAGCCGCGGCUGCCGGGCUUGUGGGAUCCGCCGCGGAGUCGGAGCCGGAUCCCGAGCAGCGGCGAGAGCCGUGGCCUGAGAGUUAGAGGGGCGGGCCGGCUCAUUCCUGGGGUGGGUGCUGAGGACUGGCGGGCGAGAACCCGGGGGCCACCGCCCCCCCCGCCCCCAUCCCCCCUAGGGGUGAGGGAGUGGACACUCGGAGCCCCUGAGGCGGAGGCGGCGGCGGCGGCGGGGGGAGCCGGUCAAAGGGGGCGGCCCCUGGCGGCGACGCCCCCAGCCCAGCCUUGCCUGGCCCCACUCCAUCCCCAGCUCCGGCCCGAUCGGCCCGCGGGUGACGCCGGCUGGGGCACAGAAAGGCGCUCCGAGGGGGCGGGCGGGUGAGCCGCCCCUCCCGGGUCCUUCCACGUCCCCUCCCGGGAGGGACCCAUACCUGAGCCCGGACCCACCCCCACCCGGGGCCACGCUGGAUCCGCCUCCCGGGCUGGGUCCCGCCCGCCGGCUGCAGGUGGGCAGCAGCGCCCGAGCCGCGGGCAGUGGGCGGCGGGGAAGGAGGUGAGCCGCAUCCGCGCCGGCUGCCGCUCGGGUCCUUGCCCCCGCUGCUGCGCUCUCCUCCUCCCCUUCCCGCAGGCAGGGCGCGGAGCCGCGCGCCCGCCCCGCCGCCGCCUUGUCCCUCAGGGGCACCAUGGAGCUCUCCCUGUCGUCCGGAGGAGCCGCGGAGGCGCUCUCCUGGCCGGAGAUGUUCCCGGGACUGGAGUCCGAUUCGCCGCUCCCCCCGGAGGAGCUGGAUGCUGUUGUCCCGGUCAGUGGGGCCGUGGCCGGUGGCAUGUUGGAUCGGAUCCUUCUGGAGUCCGUGUGCCAGCAACAGAGCUGGGUCCGGGUGUACGAUGUGAAAGGGCCACCUACCCAUCGUCUGUCUUGUGGCCAGUCACCCUACACCGACACAACAACAUGGGAGCGGAAAUACUGCAUCCUCACAGACAGCCAGCUGGUGUUGCUCAACAAGGAAAAGGAGAUACCUGUGGAGGGAGGACAGGAGCAGCAGACAGAUUCCACCAAAGGGCGAUGCCUGAGGAGAACUGUCAGUGUCCCUUCCGAGGGUCAGUUUCCUGAGUACCCACCAGAGGGCGCCGCUAAACUGGAGGUGCCAGCAGAAAGGUCCCCCCGCAGACGGAGUAUCUCAGGGACCAGUACAUCAGAGAAACCCAACUCUAUGGAUACUGCAAAUACCUCACCCUUCAAAGUACCAGGGUUCUUCAGCAAGCGCCUGAAAGGCUCCAUCAAGAGGACCAAAAGCCAAUCAAAGCUUGACCGAAACACAAGCUUUCGGCUUCCCUCCCUUCGCAGUACAGAUGACAGGUCUCGUGGGCUGCCUAAACUAAAAGAGUCACGUUCCCAUGAAUCCCUGCUGAGCCCAUGCAGUGCAGUGGAAUGUCUGGAUCUUGGUAGAGGGGAGCCCGUAUCAGUGAAACCACUCCAUAGCAGCAUCCUUGGACAAGACUUCUGCUUUGAGGUUACCUACUUAAGUGGAAGUAAAUGCUUCAGCUGUAACUCUGCUUCAGAGAGAGAUAAGUGGAUGGAAAACCUUCGUAGGACAGUUCAACCAAAUAAGGACAAUUGCAGACGAGCUGAAAACGUUCUCCGUUUAUGGAUUAUUGAAGCCAAGGACCUUGCCCCUAAAAAGAAAUAUUUCUGUGAACUGUGCCUUGAUGAUACCCUCUUUGCUCGUACAACCAGCAAGACCAAAGCAGACAAUAUUUUCUGGGGUGAACAUUUUGAGUUCUACAGCCUUCCACCUCUUCAUAGCAUCACAGUUCACAUUUAUAAAGAUGUGGAAAAAAAGAAGAAAAAAGAUAAGAAUAAUUAUGUAGGGCUAGUCAAUAUCCCCACUGCCAGUGUGACUGGUCGCCAGUUUGUAGAAAAGUGGUACCCAGUGAGUACACCUACACCCAACAAAGGAAAGACAGGAGGACCUUCUAUUCGGAUUAAAUCACGUUUCCAAACUAUCACCAUUCUGCCUAUGGAGCAAUACAAAGAGUUUGCAGAAUUUGUCACCAGCAACUACACCAUGUUGUGUUCUGUUCUUGAACCAGUAAUUAGUGUGAGAAAUAAAGAAGAGCUGGCCUGUGCCUUAGUGCACAUUCUUCAAAGUACUGGCAGAGCCAAGGAUUUUCUGACCGACUUGGUGAUGUCUGAGGUGGAUCGUUGUGGAGAGCAUGAUGUCUUGAUCUUCAGAGAGAACACCAUUGCCACCAAAUCCAUUGAGGAAUACCUCAAGUUGGUGGGACAACAGUAUCUUCAUGAUGCAUUGGGGGAGUUCAUCAAAGCUUUGUAUGAGUCAGAUGAAAACUGUGAAGUGGAUCCCAGCAAAUGUUCAUCUAGUGAACUGAUAGACCAUCAGAGCAACCUGAAAAUGUGCUGUGAGCUGGCUUUCUGCAAGAUCAUCAACUCUUACUGUGUUUUCCCUCGUGAGUUGAAAGAAGUGUUUGCAUCCUGGAAGCAGCAGUGCCUGAACCGCAGCAAGCAAGACAUCAGCGAGCGGCUCAUCAGUGCUUCGUUGUUUCUCCGUUUUCUGUGCCCGGCCAUCAUGUCUCCCAGUCUCUUCAACCUCAUGCAGGAAUAUCCUGAUGACCGCACAUCUCGGACUCUAACUCUAAUUGCCAAGGUCAUCCAGAACCUGGCCAACUUUGCCAAAUUUGGUAACAAAGAGGAAUACAUGGCAUUCAUGAAUGAUUUUUUAGAACACGAAUGGGGUGGAAUGAAGCGCUUUCUUUUGGAGAUCUCUAAUCCGGACACCAUUUCAAACACCCCAGGCUUUGACGGUUACAUUGAUCUGGGCCGAGAGCUUUCAGUUUUGCAUUCCUUACUGUGGGAAGUAGUUUCCCAACUUGAUAAGGGUGAAAAUUCCUUCCUACAGGCGACCGUGGCAAAAUUGGGACCUCUCCCUCGUGUUCUUGCUGAUAUUACCAAAUCUCUGACUAAUCCUACACCAAUACAACAGCAACUGAGACGCUUCACUGAGCAUAACUCCAGUCCAAAUGUCAGUGGAAGCCUCUCCUCUGGGCUGCAGAAAAUUUUUGAAGACCCUACUGACAGUGAUUUGCAUAAACUAAAAUCUCCAAGCCAGGACAACACAGAUAGCUAUUUCAGAGGGAAAACGUUAUUGCUGGUUCAGCAAGCCUCCUCCCAGAGCAUGACUUAUUCUGAAAAGGAUGAAAAGGAAAGUAGCCUUCCUAAUGGCCGGAGCAUCUCCCUCAUGGACCUUCAGGACACUCAUGCCGCCCAAGUGGAGCAUGCAUCUGUCAUGCUUGACGUGCCGAUGCGCCUGACUGGAAGCCAGCUUUCCAUAACCCAGGUGGCCAGCAUCAAACAACUUCGGGAAACCCAGAGCACUCCCCAGAGCGCACCCCAAGUGCGAAGGCCCCUGCACCCAGCCUUGAACCAGCCAGGCAGCCUCCAGCCCUUGUCAUUCCAGAACCCUGUCUAUCACCUCAAUAACCCAAUUCCAGCAAUGCCAAAGGCCUCUGUGGAUUCCAGUUUGGAGAACCUAAGCACUGCCAGUUCCAGGAGCCAAAGUAACAGUGAAGACUUCAAACUCAGUGGACCCAGCAAUAGCAGCAUGGAAGAUUUCACCAAACGUAGCACUCAGAGUGAGGACUUCUCCAGGCGGCACACUGUGUCAGACAGACACAUACCUCUUGCUCUGCCACGGCAGAAUAGCACGGGGCAGGCCCAGAUCCGAAAAAUGGACCAGGCUGGGCUAGGUGCCCGAGCCAAAGCCCCACCAUCCCUGCCACACAGUGCUUCCCUACGUAGCACUGGGAGCAUGUCACUGGCAUCUGCAGCUCUGGUGGCCGAACCUGUGCAAAAUGGGAGCCGGUCCCGGCAGCAGUCCUCUUCCUCCAGAGAGAGCCCUGUUCCCAAAGUGAGAGCGAUACAGAGGCAGCAGACACAGCAGGUUCAGUCACCUGUGGACUCUGCCACAAUGUCCCCAGUAGAGAGGACAGCAGCCUGGGUUCUGAACAAUGGGCAAUAUGAAGAAGAUGUAGAAGAAACCGAGCAAAAUCAAGAUGAAGCCAAGCAUGCCGAGAAGUACGAACAGGAAAUUACUAAACUGAAGGAGCGCCUGCGAGUGUCCAGCCGGCGGCUGGAAGAGUAUGAGCGCCGCUUGCUGGUGCAGGAGCAGCAGAUGCAGAAGCUGCUGUUGGAGUACAAGGCCCGGCUGGAGGACAGCGAGGAGCGGCUGCGCAGGCAGCAGGAGGAGAAGGAUAGCCAGAUGAAGAGCAUCAUCAGCAGGCUAAUGGCUGUGGAAGAGGAAUUGAAGAAGGAUCAUGCUGAGAUGCAAGCAGUUAUCGAUGCAAAGCAAAAAAUAAUUGAUGCACAGGUCAUAAAUGGAGAUGAGAUUAUGCAAACAGGAAAAACGGAUCGUGUCGCUGGAUUCGGCCAACACCAGACUGAUGAGCGCGCUGACCCAAGUGAAGGAGCGGUACAGCAUGCAGGUCCGCAAUGGCAUCUCCCCCACCAACCCCACCAAGCUUUCUAUCACGGAGAAUGGUGAAUUCAAAAACAGCAGCUGCUGAUGGGCUUUGUGAAUAGACAGACUGUGGGAGGAGAUAGAAGGAAAUGCCCCCGCUCUCCUAUCCCCAGCCCCCUCCCCAGCCCCACCAGGUUUACAGAAUGUUGCUACUUCAGAACAGCAGGGUGGCGAGUAACUCUCCAAUGAAGAAAGGAACCUUGUCUUUCAGGGCAUAAGGCUAAGACUUCCAAGGUCGACGCUUCACCCCACCGCCCCCCCCACCCCGUCUCUGUGUACAUAGGGAACUUAGUUCUGGGCCAUGUACAGAAAAUACCACUGUAAUAUACCCAAAGGAAGUUAAUAAUGUAGAUUACCUUUUUAAUUAUUGCUAUUUUUAUUAUUGUUGUCCUCUUGUUGAAAGCACUGCAGUUGUUAGAGGAGGCAAAGUAGGAGCCACAGGUGAAUGAGAGAUGAGCCUGGCAGCUCAGCUGGUAGAGACCAUGUGUCUGUCUGGUAGAGCACACAGACCGCAGUAGGACAUUGUCAGAAUGAGUUUUUCAGGGAUUCCUCUGCCAGUUUAAAAACCCCACUCCGGUUCCCUUGUCCUCUAGGAAAACAUGCAAAUACCGAGAUCCAAACAAAACAGUUUAUCCCAUUGAUCAACCAAGACUGGUUCUGGAUGGACAGCUAUCUGAUUUGGGGAUACACUGUUCCAGAGGACACAGAUAAGAGCUGUUGUAUCAAAACUGGACUUUAGGAGUGAUUUCUAUUGAACUCCUGUUGAUGUUUAUUUCCUUCUGUCUGUAGCAGACGGGAAUUUUCCAUUUUAGAUAGGGGGCUUUUUUUUUUUACCCCAGUUGUAAUAAAGGUUGUUCUUUUUCCUCUUUAGAGUUUACAAAACUAUAAAUAUUUGUGUCUCUAUAAACCAUCUGCAUCUUCACACCCACUUGCCCUUUCCUCCCCCAUGGUGGGAGCAGUCAUCACCAACAGGGUUUACUCUCCCCUGGAGAGGUUAUUCAAAUAUGCUGUCCAUAAGCCAUCCGAAAUAAACACCCUUUCUUCCAUACAGAAAAGGGCUAACCAUACCGUACCAUGGCAGGAAUCUCUGAAUAUUUCCUAUCAAAAAUUUUUUUCUAUUUGUAAGUUAUAAUUUUGGUUUGGGAUAAAGAUUUUACCCAGUGUACUAGCAGAUCUCUGGGCAGGGUAAUUUUGUCUCAAUCUUUAACUUUUAAAUUGCUUCUUCCUCUAAUCCCCUCAGUAAAAUUUGGAAAAGAAAUCCAAAUCUGAAGCAUUGCUCUCUUAAAAGUCAUGAUUACUCUUAAUGAAAAAUAAAAUACUAAAAGUGGGAGGACAGCGCAUUCCAGCUGUUAUUCCCAUGCUCUUUGUAGAUUUGGCAAUAAUAACCCAGUUUCACUAGCUGUCAUCGUUGGCUUUAUUGUAGGACAGAUUUAUUGUAGGACAGAAACAGUCGUGGAAGCUAAGUUACUUCCUUUUUUCCAGAGGUGUGAAAUGUUAUCUUGAAUGCAACCUUGAUUAUCAGAAGUAUGGAAUGUUACAAGUUAAACAGACAUUAUAUUUACAAGUAUAUAUACACAUAUACUCACACAUAUGUACAUAUAACUGCACAAAUAGGAAAAGUUCCUGCCUUCUAUGCUGUUGGAUAUAAUGUUUAAGGGGUUAGAAUCUCUUUAAGCAAGAUCUAAGCAAUUGUUUAUAUUGAGAAAGCAACAACAUUUCUCAAGUAAGUUAAUGAUGUUUAUUUGAAAUUAUAAACUUUAAGGAAUUUUUUUUUUAAGAAGGAAAAGGAGAAAGGAGGGGAAAAAAAAACCACCUGAGGAAGCCAUAGACCUGGAGUGAGUGUUUCCACGUAACAGAAUACUUAUAAGGAGACGAGAGAACAUUUAUUGUGUCCCCUUUUGGGUGAAGCCCCGACAGAGACACCAAGCCUCCAUUUCCACCGCACCCCCAGGCUUGCAUUCUGACCUCUUAAGCACUGCCCUCAGGUGGGUCUUUGUGUUGGGCCUUGCAUCUCAGCAACCUCACCAUGGUCCCCAGCCCACAACCUUUUAAAACAUUUCCCCUCCGUAACACUCCUGUUUCUGCCAGUCAGAGAUCUAAAUCAGGAGCUGCCCAGUGUGCUUAUCUGAUCUGCAGACUUCAUGCCCACAUGUAUUGGCACUUGUGUAUUUUCUUGACCCGUGAUCAUUAUUGUACAAAUUCUUCUCUCUUCCCUCCAAGCUGAGGGCACACUGUGGCCAAAUGACUUAUUUUAAUAGGAAAGAAACAUUACCAAUUCUGAAGUAGUGCUUCGUGUUUGGGAAGAGGGUAUGUAAACAUAGGUCUGUUCUUGUUUGUGGCUAUUUUCAGCUCUAGCCAUUCUUUAUAAAAAGUCUUCAGAAAACCUGGUAAAAGAAUGGUCAGUUUCAGUGGCCUUAAGUAUGUAACAUGGGUGAUGUCUUACAUUGAGGUUUGGAAGCUCUCAGGUGGUGGUUACGGAUGACAGAGGACUGAUAAACUAACUAUAUUGGAGGGUUGGGGGACACAAAAUCAAAUAUGUUUUUGAUGGAUGCAGUACAUCUUGUCAGCAUUAUGGGAGCUUCUUAGAGGGCUGCCUACUUUGGAAGAUUAGAUGCCCAAAAUGUUUGGAUAGGUUAUGCAGCCCUCUAUUAUCAGGUUAUCUUGAAUGAAGAGAAAAGAGUAAACAAAUAAUAAAAUUAGAGGUAAGCUAGGAGUUCAGUGUAGUUGCCAGAUGUUAAAUUUUAGAUUAUCCUUUGAACCUAUUCCUGUCCGAAUAUUUUUCUGAGUAUUUCUUUAGAGAAUGCUGCAGUCUAUAGAACUUAUUCUGAAAGGCUUUUUUUCUAAGUAUGGAAAAAGUCAGCAACAGCUGAUAAUUUUUAUGGAGGUAUUGCUUAAUUGGCUUUUCUUCAGCCCAGAUAAGUGCAUACCUCUCUUGCUGGGAGGAGGUGUAUGGUUGAAGAGAAGUGGGUGGAUUCUGAUAGCAUGUCUUGCACUCCUUCUAACACCCAACACGUCACCACAUGGUGGGGUGCAGCAUAGACCAAGGCUGAAUGGAAUUUGGAAUUCCGGUGAAGUGCUUGCAAAAUGCUUGUCCAGAUGACAACCAGAUUUGGCCAUUAACAAGGACAAAUGUUGGUAGGAUUUAGGAAAAGAGCUUUAUAUUUCCCUUUUAUUUUCACUGGAGCAAUAAGCUUUCUGAGCCGAAGCAGCAAAAAGGAGAGUAACAUUUCCUUCAAGUCAUCACAUUACCUGAGUCUCUGCAAUACAAGCCAUGAAGGGGAGGGGAGAUUAUAACUAGGUAACAGUGACAAACACUUGAGCGCUUACUAUGAUCCAGGCACUGUCACCAAGAUACUGUUGGGGUCCAGGGCAGUCUGUUGUAAGGGAAAUGUGGUAAAAUGAGGUAAUCAUGCUGCUGUAGCUCUGCCUUUUCACUUGGCAUUGAGUUGGUCAGAAUCAGCUUUCUCUAGUCUGCUUCUACCUUUACCUUUCCCUGUAAUGGUGUUGCACAGUGAAAGAAAAAGUAGGAUUUCCUGUCUACGACUGCUGUAUGCCCUUCAGAAUUAACUUGACUUUAAAAGUAAAGCUUUUUAGAUCUUAGUCUAUUUAUGGAUCUGUAGCUCUACCGACCCUCGUUUCUCACUCUGUCCUCAGAGGUACACUGGGUUGAGAGCAGUUCUUUUUUGGAAGCCCCAGAGCAAGACAGCUGCCAUCAAGUGAGUUUGAUUACAGUUUGUUCUGCCUUCCAUCUAGGUUUAGUUCCAGUUACAUCCAGUUUGGAGUUUCUGAGAAGGCCGGUUGUGGGACUGAACUUGGGGAAGGAACCCUCCUUGGGAUUUACCUAAGGCCCAUGUGACCCUGACUAGAGUUGACGCCAGACUAGGCUUGUCACUGGGCCUGACUCAGCAGCUCUGGAGCCCACACCAUACCUUCCCUGUGUUUUCACCUUUGGGGGGGGUCACCUUCUACAGAUUAUGGAAAACCAAAGGGGCUUUCUUCUCCAUUCCCCUUCCCUUUCUCAAGUCUGAUAGUGAAGUCUCCUGCUCGCUUCAACAGUAAAUAGUUGCCUUCCCACCCCUUACCUGAGGGCCAAGAAUUUGGGAUACUUUGUUUUUAUCAAUAUGUCAAUGGAAAGGAGCUAUUUUGCUAUUUUUUUUUAAAGCAAGAUAUGUUGGGGUGUUGAAUUUUUAAAUAGAAUCUCUUUUUGUGUUUGAGUGAUUGUUAUUAGUUCUAGAAGCAUUCUGUCAUGACCCAGUCAUGAAUGCUCUUGAGUUUAGGAAGGACAAAAGUGAUGAAAUUUGCAUGAGAUAGAAUAAAUAUCUUAUGAGGAGUGAAAGAACCUGAGGAAGAUACAUGAUCCAAAAGGGGACUAAUGCACAGCAGCCUUCUCCAUAGCCCAACGGUUCAAGGAAACAGGAGGAUUUAUAUCCUUUGCCCAAUCUCGAAAUACAUAGAUAUAUAGAAAGGCCGUUUCUGUAGACAACAUGUGGGUACCCACACAAAACACACGAUCCCUAGGGCUUCCUUUUUCUGAAUGUUAAUCCAUCUUAUAGAGCAGUGAGUCCCAAACUUCCUUGAGAUUUUUUAGAUUUUAUGCUCUCCUUUGUUCGAUUUUAUGACAGUGGUUCUUUCCUCUUUAAAAUGUACCAUAUGUGUUAUAUGUAUAUAUAAGUUGAAGUGACUUGAAAUUUGGCUUGACAUUGUCUCAAGAACCCUAGAUAUCAUUAUUGAUACCUUGGGGAGUCACAGAAAGAAAGUUGAAUGUCACUGAUGCGAUGGUAGGAUACAGAAAGAAAUAGGUUUGGUUCCUGAUCAGUUAAUCCUCAGGUGUUUGAGGAACCAACCCAGCAAGGCUUGGCGAUGAGCCACCCAAGGAAAGCCAAGUGGUCGUUUGUGUCCAGAUUUCAGCAUGCAUUUUAAUUUCCUAUUCAGUUCUUAUUUUUCAGUGCCCUUGUUUUUCCCUAGGAAAUGUUUUAGUUUGGGAUUUAAAACCAGAUAUAUCUGUUGUAGAAAGAUUUCCACAGAAGCUGUGUUUUAGGGGCCUCGAUCAUCUGUGUGGGGCUACAAAUAUUUAAGAAUAACUCUCAUAUUUAUGUCACUUCUAAGCUCCCAAGGGAAAAAUUUCAAUUCCCAGUUCACCAACAGGUUAAAUACUAAUUGACCACUAUCCUGCAGAAAAUUUGAAAUAAAUAGUACAGGUUAAAUUUUGACUGGUGCUUAGACAUCUCCUAGUUACAUUAAAAUUAACUCAAAGCAGACAGCAGCCCAUUAACCUGAAUCACACCUGUGAGGAACUUCUAAAUUUGAUUUUGUUUUUCAUCUCCAGGGCCUUAAUAAGAGUGUGUUAAUA